AUGUCAGAAACAUUAAAGUCAGAGUCUUUUGAUCCAGAAGUCUCUGAAGUGUGUAUUUCAAAGAGCUUGAUGCAGAGCAUUGUUCAUGAGCUGAAGCUGCAAGUGAGAAUUGGUUUGCCAUUGGUGGUUAUGAACUUGUUGUGGUUCGGUAAGAUGACCACCACAUCUAUGUUUCUUGGCCAUCAAGGCGCGCUUAACCUAGCCGGAGGUUCAUUAGGGUUUUCCUUCGCAAACGUUACUGGCUUUGCUGUUUUGUACGGAACUUCUGCUGCAAUGAAACCAAUUUGUGGCCAAGCUUUCGGAGCCAAGAACUUCAAGCUUCUCCACAAAACCCUUCUCAUGGGAGUGAUCUUGCUUUUCUUGAUCUCGAUACCGAUUUCUUUCUUGUGGCUCAGUGUUCACAAGAUCUUCAUUGCUUUCGGCCAAAGAGAAGACAUUUCCUUCAUAGUCAAGAGAUAUCUUCUCUACCUUCUUCCUGAUUUGCCAGUUCUUUCUUUGCUCAGUCCACUCAAGAUAUACUUAAGCUCACAAGGCGUUACGCUCCCUACCAUGUACGCGACAGCUGCAGCCACUUCUCUUCAUAUCCCCAUCAACAUAUUCCUCUCUAGAGCAAAAGGAAUCGCAGGAGUUGCAAUGGCGGUUUGGAUAACAGAUUUCAUCGUUGUGAUUCUUCUUGCGGGAUACCUGAUAUUCGGAGAGAGAUUGAAAGAGAACCAAUGGAAAGAAGGUGGGUGGCUAGACCAAAGCGCUCAAGACUGGCUCAAGCUGAUCAAGCUUAGUGGGCCUUGUUGUCUCACCGUGUGCCUCCAGUGGUGGUGCUACGAGACCUUGGUCCUAUUAACCGGGAGGCUACCAAACCCGGUACAAUCUGUAUCCAUCUUGAUCAUAAUUCUCAACUUUGACAACUUGCUUUACUCUGUGAUGGUCUCGUUGGGAACAUGCGUGGCAACACGAGUGUCCAACGAGCUCGGCGCAAAUAAUCCUAAAGGAGCUUAUAGAGCAGCUUACACUACAUUCACUGUGGCUGGCUUUUCGGGAUGCAUUGGAGGUUUGGUGAUGAUAGCAUGUAGAGGUGUUUGGGGGUCUCUGUAUACUCGCCAUGACCAAAUGAUCUUAACCGGAGUGAAGAAGAUGAUGUUGAUAAUGGCGGUUAUCGAAGUUCUAAACUUUCCACUAAUAGUUUGUGGGGAGAUUGUUCGCGCAACAGGGAAGCCUUUGCUUGGAAUGUAUGCGAAUCUUGGUGGAUUCUACCUAUUGGCUUUGCCGUUGGGGGCAAGUUUGGCGUUCAAGGCUAAGCUAGGGCUUGAAGGGUUCUUGUUUGGGUUUUUGGUUGGGACCUCUGUUUGUUUGUCAAUAUUGCUCAUCUUUGUUGCAAGGCUAGAUUGGGAGAAAGAAGCUGGAAAUGCACAAGUUUUGACGUGUGACAAAGAGGAAGAAGAACAAACACCACAAGGUUCAGGACAAGAUAGGAUCUCAAAUUAA